GCUCGCUGCCAGCCUCGCUCGGACUCCGGCGCGCCGUGCGGGGACCCGAGGCCGGCGGGUGCUGCCACUCCUCGGCCUCCACCCCAGAUCUCGCCUCGCCCUGCCGCCCGCGGCUGCCGGGUCCUGGUGGUCCGCUUGCUACUCUGCCGGCGAGAGGAGCGGCGGGAAGGAAGGGGAACGCGGGGACACGCACACCGGCCGCGGCGCGCGCGCAUUGCACACUCGCAGCCGCGCGUCCCCGUCACCGCGUGUCCGAGCCGAGUGUGGCCCCGCGGCAGGGCCCGGCACCUGCCGCCUCCGGCGCUGCCCCGGCUCCGCCCCGCCCGCUGCCCGCCGCAGCCACCAGGGAACCCGCGACAUCCCGACAACUUGCCCGCCGUGGCGCAACUGGUCUUGGCCGCCGAAGCUCCAGCACGCCGGCCGGGGGAGGAACCUGGGGGACAAAAGCAGCGUCAACAAUGAGUCGGCCACCCAUCACUACCAACUACAGAUGACUUGCCAUUUUAUUUACAAAGAUGUCGUCAACUGCUGAAAAUGGAGACACAGUACCUGGAAAACAAAACGAAGAAAAAACCUACAAAAAGACUGCAUCGUCAGCUAUUAAAGGUGCUAUUCAGCUGGGAAUAGGAUACACAGUGGGGAAUCUCACUUCCAAGCCCGAGCGCGAUGUCCUCAUGCAAGACUUUUAUGUGGUGGAAAGUGUGUUCCUACCCAGGUUUUCACAAGUCCAGUGUAACUCAAAGGAGUUACUUGUAGGAAUUUUUAUUCUUACCUCCACCAGAGUGGGCACUGUGGCUCAUCGGAGAACAUCUACCAAGCCUGACAAGGUCCUGGGUUUGGUCCAGCACUGUGAAAUCAUAAACAAGUGUGUACAUACAUACAUAAAAAUGAUGAUGUGUGUGUGUUUACCUUUUUCCCUCUCUCAGUACUCCAUCUGCAGUGAACCCCUGAUAGAACUGUCCAAUCCUGGAGCCAGUGGAUCCUUGUUUUUUGUGACCAGCGAUGAUGAAUUUAUCAUCAAAACCGUUCAGCAUAAGGAAGCAGAGUUCUUGCAGAAGCUGCUGCCGGGCUAUUACAUGAAUCUAAACCAGAAUCCGAGGACUCUUCUGCCGAAGUUCUACGGGCUGUAUUGCAUGCAGUCAGGGGGCAUCAACAUCCGCAUCGUGGUGAUGAACAAUGUGCUGCCGCGGGCCAUGAGGAUGCACUUGACCUAUGACCUGAAAGGCUCCACGUACAAGCGAAGAGCAUCCCGCAAAGAGAGAGAGAAGCCCAACCCCACCUUUAAGGACCUGGAUUUCCUGCAGGACAUGCACGAGGGGCUGUAUUUCGAUACAGAAACGUACAACGCCCUAAUGAAGACCCUGCAGAGAGACUGCCGGGUGCUGGAAAGCUUCAAGAUCAUGGACUACAGCCUUUUGCUGGGCAUCCACAUCUUGGACCACUCCCUUAAAGACAAAGAAGAGGAGCCCUUACCAAAUGUGCCCGACGCAAAGCGGCCUGGGAUGCAGAGAGUCCUGUACUCCACAGCCAUGGAAUCCAUCCAGGGUCCAGGCAAGUCUGCAGAUGGGAUCAUUGCGGAGAAUCCAGACACAAUGGGAGGCAUUCCAGCUAAAAGCCAUAAGGGAGAAAAACUGCUUUUAUUCAUGGGCAUUAUUGAUAUUCUACAAUCAUAUAGGUUAAUGAAGAAGUUAGAACAUUCCUGGAAAGCUCUUGUUUAUGAUGGGGACACUGUUUCAGUUCAUAGACCAAGUUUUUAUGCAGAUAGAUUUUUAAAGUUCAUGAAUUCCAGAGUUUUCAAGAAAAUUCAAGCUCUGAAGGCCUCACCUUCCAAGAAACGGUGCAACUCCAUUGCCGCAUUGAAGGCAACCUCCCAGGAGAUCGUGUCCUCUGUCAGCCAGGAAUGGAAGGAUGAGAAGCGAGAUUUGUUAACGGAAGGGCAAAGUUUCAGCAGCCUGGAUGAAGAAGCCCUGGGAUCCCGACACAGGCCCGACCUGGUGCCCAGUACUCCAUCAUUAUUAGAAGCUGCUUCCUUAGCGACCACAAUCUCAUCAUCUUCCUUAUAUGUCGGUGAACACUGUCCACAUGACAGGACUACGCUUUAUUCAAACAGCAAAGGGUUACCUUCCAGCUCAACCUUCACCUUGGAAGAGGGAACCAUCUACCUGACUGCUGAGCCAAACACCCUGGAAAUGCAGGACGACAACGCCUCUGUGCUGGACGUCUAUUUAUAAUGAAAGUGGUAACCACCUAAGCACAUGGAUGGGGCCUCAACACAGCUGUGGGAGAGACCUUCCCCACUGCAGAAUUCGCAGAGGUACUGGGCUGAGCCCCAGCACACACAGUAAGAAUCCACUGGACCUUGAAGCUCGUGAGAUGUCGGGGGCGCCUUGGUUCAUGGCUGAUCAGCAGGUGGAUGUGAAACCCCCACGCUGUUCUGUGGCUGCUGUUGCUUGCUGACUGUGAAGAGCUGCAUGAACUGUACUUAAGCUGCUUUUCUAUACCGUUGCCAAUCACCUCUCUGGAUUGGGAAGUGCUAUUUUCCUAUAGGCUCUUGCAUUGUUCCAUUUUGCAUGCAUAUGGUGAUCACACAUAAGCAACACAUGGAAUCUGCUUCUAUAUUUUUUAAAAAUCUAUCCAUGCAAAAAUGAUAAUUAAGAUAUAAAUCCUCUCUCUUUGUUUAAAAAAAUUCUAAUCAUAGCCCAUGUCAUCAAAAGGUUCUAUCUGUCCCCUAUAAAGAUCAGUAUAAUAGGUCUGCCUUUACUUUAUAGAAAGAUAGCUUCUAUAAAGAUUUUUUUCACUGUUUACUAGUGAAAUGAGAAAAGCAAAGCUAUUUAUAAAAGGCCUUAUGUCGUGUAUAUACAUUGUCUUUGAAAUAUUUGUGAUUUAGUUUAUUGCUUGUAAAAGAGAAAUUAUAUAAUUUAUUUAGUAAAUACUACUGUAAACUAUAGUUUUAUUGAAAGAAAUAAAAUAUUUUGUUCUCAA